AUGUCUCUGGCGGCUGUGACUGGAGAAGGCGAGCGGCAGCGGCCCCCGAUAGCUAGCACCCAGGGCUUGGCUCGGGGCUGCGGCGGGCCAGCGCGGGCGGCGCUGCUGGGCCUCGCGCCGCUGGGCCUCGCGCUGCUGCUGGGCCUCGUGCUGUACCUGGUGCGUGCAGGACCGUUGGUAGCGUGGCUGGCCGUUGGGGCUACCGCGGUCUGGUGGCGACUGAGCCGCGAGUUCCGUGGCCCGCGAGCCGCGCCGUUGCCGUCAUUCGUUCGCAGCCAGCGGAGGCAACGAACUCGGCUCGUCUCGCCUCUGGCCAACGCGGCAGCAAACGGAAAGCUCCUAGAGCCUCGGACUCUGUUCAAAGGACUCAAACCCGCCCAACUGCUCCUCAUGGGCAGCUACCUGGAUAAGUCCGGCCCUCCGCAGCCUGCCACCGCGCAGGAGGGCAGGGACCUGAAGGAGCGGCCUGUCCGCCGCCUGCCCACCCGCUCCUCGCCACCUACACCUGCGGCCCAGCGGGUCCCGCAGCGCGGUUACCCCUCUCUCCCGACCCCUUUCCACGGACCCCCCAGGAGGUCUAUGCCUAGGGAGUGUGGGACUUUGGCCAAUCCCUUUGUGAUAGCUCCUCCAAGACGCUAUCCGAUUCAGCAGGCCCAGUAUUCCAUGCUAGGGGUACUGCCCACGGUGUGCUGGGAUGGUUGUCAGAAGAAGGCUGUCCUUUCGGUUCGGAACUCCAAGAUGGUGUGCAGCCCAGGGACUGUGAGGAUUGCCCCUCCGGAUAGCAGGUUAACUCGUCGUCUCCUACCAGGGCAGUUAAUCAACUCAACCCUGCCCUCACCAUCUGGCAAUGUCCCAGACUCAGGUGCAAAGGAGAAUGAUCUCAGAGAGGGGAAGAAAAGGAUCGCGGAGGAAGACCACCACUUACUCGAUGAUGGUCAGGAGAAUAAGAGGAGACGCCAGUCUCCAUCGGGGCCCCUGGUGGCCAAUGGAGUCUCCACUUCUUCUGUGCCUAACUCUGGGUCUCUGAAAAGAGUUCUCCCUUCCCAGAGCUCAGGAGAACAUUCGAGUAAGCGAUCUUGUACCUCGCGGGUUAGCUCCCUGACAAGCACGUGCGGCGUCCGUUGUUCUGGCCGCAAUGCCAUCGCCAGUUCUUACAGUUCUACCCUAGGCAUCUCUCGCCAGCAGCUGUGGAAGAGGAGUGGCUCCAUUUCAUCUCCCUUCUCUAGCCCAGCUUCCUCCCCAGAGAGGCCAGCCAAGAAAGCCAGAGAAGAGGAGCCACGUCAGCAUUCCAGAUCUUCGACGACUCCUCGGGUGGCCAACAAGGAGUCCCAGGGCCAGAGGGCUGUGGACACUCCCGCUCAGAAGCCGCCGAACUCGGGGGCUUCCCCGUCUACACCGGGCAGCUCCAGACAGCGCAAACGGAAGAUUCCGCUGUUGCCCAGGCGACGGAACCAACUGACCUUGCCUUCACCACCUCAGCUUGGUUAUCCCAUCACGGCUGAGGACUUUGACCUGGAGAAAAAAGCUUCGCUCCAGUGGCUGAACAAGGUCUUAGAGGACAAGACAGAUGUUCCUCGGAAGUUGGUCAGUGAGAAGCCACCCGACACUCAGCCUUCUUUCACCCUGCCUGCUGCGAGUACCACUUCCUCAGCAGCCUCCUGGCCAGCCGUAGGCACCAGCCUGAAGAAGACGCAGAGUGUCCCAGGGCCAUCCCUCCCAGAACCUUCACCUCUGAAGACACCCAGUCUUCUGGACUCUCUUGGCUCUUUACCAUCAGGGCCCCUGCCAGUAACCUCUUCAGACUCAAAACCCACAGCCACUUUUUUGGGACUGGUCCCUGCUUCCUCCACAGCACCAGUCGCUGACACCAAGACACCUCCAGCCCUUCAGGCUGACACAUCUACCCCCUCCCCCAUGCAAGGAGUGCUGUUUGGGGGCAUGUCAAAGAGCGAGACAUCUGACCCUUCCUCCCCAGGUGCCCUAGCCAUGUCUUCUGCUUCUCCCACCGUCAAGCCUAUUUUUGCAAUGGCACCUAAAAGUGAGAGUGAAGGCCCCUUGCCAUCCAGUCUAGCCAAACUCCCCACGAUGACCAGCACUGCCACCUCAACUUUCAAGCCCAUCUUUAGUGACCUAGGGCCACCUGUGGCUGUGCCCUUGUCUGCUCCCUUUUCCUUUAAGCCAACAACUGCUGUGACGGCUGCUGCAGCCCCAGCUGCCCCUCUGUUUGCUGGCCUGGCCACUGCCACCUCUGUCGUGGCUUCCACCACCACCACCACCACCAGUGUGUCCAAAGACUCUAGUUCCAAAUCUGCUUUUGGCUUUGGGGUCAACAGUGUGGCCAGUACUGGGAGCAGCACAACUAGCAGCAUGACUUCCGCCUCUCAGCUCUUCCCCUUUGGGGUGCCCUCUGCUUCUGUCACCAGCUCUGCCAGGGCCAUGGGCUCUGAAUUCCAGUUUGGCAGGGCCCCCAUCAUGCAGACAUCCACAGCAGUGACCACCUUUGGCCAGUCUCUGCCUGGUGCUGUUCAGAUGGCAACCACCACCACCAGCAGCAGCAGCAGCAGCAGCAGCAUUGCUGGCUUCCGUGGCUUGGGUGGCUCCCUCACAACCUCAGCCCUGGCCGCCACCUGCCAGCCUACACUGACUUUCAGUAACACAACCACUCCUGCAUUCAAUAUUCCCUUUGGCUUGAGUGCCAAGCACCCCGUUGCAGCAUACCCAAUAGUCAUCCCCCAGCCCAAAUUUGGGGCUGCCAAUGGGCAGCAGCAGAGGUCCACCAAGCCAGCCCUAAUCCCAAGCUUUGGCAGCCCUUUUCCUUUUGGGAACUCUGGGGCCCCUGCCCCAUCUGUAGCACCAGUGCUAACACCAAUGUCAGCGCCGGCAUCAGCGCUGGCCCAGCCGGCCCAGCCGGCCUUUGGCAGCUCAGCGCAGACAGGUUUUGGCUUAAAAACCACAGCCUCAGCCUUCAGCGUCCCUGCCAGCACAAAGAAAGCCUUUGGUGUAGCCACCACCUCUGGCUUCAGAGCUACCACCCACACCACUAGCAGUGGGACCAGUAGCUCAGUGUUUGGCAGCUCAACUUCGUCCCCUCUCAUGUUUGGGGGACCUGUAGCCCCAAGUGUUGGACUCAGUGUGGCUGCCCCAGACACCAACUCCACCUCUGGGGCAUUCAAUUUUGGACCUGGACAGAGUGGUACCACAGGCACCACCACCCCCUUUGUGGGGGUCUUAAGUCAGAAUGCCCUGGGGAUUCCCAGGGGGGGAACACCAUUUGCCUUUAACGUGGCCAGCACAUCUGAGAGCAAACCUGUGUAUGGAAGCAUCUCCACACCUACGUUUGGGCGAAGCACCCUAACCGCUGGAGUGGGCACAGCGGGCAACAGCCUUUCCUUUGGGGUGUCCUCUAUACCCACCCAAGGCUUUGUUGGAGUCGGGUCCUUUGGAUCAGCAGCGCCUUCAUUUUCCAUUGGUGCAGGACCCAAGACCCCAGGUGCUCGACCAAGACUGCAGGCCCGAAGGCAGCAUACCCGUAAGAAAUAG